GUUUAGCGUCCUACUAUGCGACGUUGCCAAAUGUAUUGACUCAAAUACGAACGAAGACAAAACGUACGCGCGUGGAGUGUGAACUUAAAACCGGCAGCUUUUUUAUUUAUCGAACGCUAGUGUUUUAACAACUAAUGAAAAUUUUCUACAAUGAAAUGAUUUACAAUAAAUAAUAACUCUGAUUCUUUGUGAUGAAAAACUAGCCUGUGCUUAACAUAUUAGUGUAUCGGUGAAAACAUAGAUUGCUCUGGUUAACAAAGGAAAGCUUCGAACAUAAAUGAACUUUAAUUUUUUUAUUAAGGAUAUGCUUUCAAAAACGUCACAAAACAAAGUAUAAUUAAGGCAGCUGAAGUGAAAUAAAGAAACUGGUUAUUCGAAGGCGCCGAUUGUGAUAUGGGGGAACGGGGCGCAACGGGGGGCGCUUGGGGUGCGCGCGACGAAGCCUCGUGGUGGGAGGGUGGCUCUGGUGAAAUACAGCAUCAACAACAAUUAAAUGAAGAGAUUGCUAGAAGUACCGCUUCUGCUACUCAUCAAUUGUAUACCUAUAAAAUGACCGGUGGCUUUUCUAAUAAUGGUGCUGACAACUCAACGCCAGGGUUCGAUUACCGUAUAAUGACUGGUUCUAACACACGUGAAGAAUCUCCUCAACAACCGUGGUGGUAUGCUUCAGGGUCAGUAGAAUCACAACAGACAUCGUCGCCCACGCCCCAAAACCAGUCUAGCCCUGAUUCAGAUCAAAGCAACCAGGCCAACGGGCAAAUCCAACAAAAUCAUCAGGCUCUUAGACAACAGGCUCAGGAACAGAACCAGAUUCAACAGAGCCAGUUACAACAACAGUUGCAACAGCAACAACAAAAUCUGCAACAGGCACUCCAACAUCAGACCCAGAAUUUGCAACAAACACUGCAACACCAACAACAGACGUUGCAACAAAUGCUGCAACAACAACAGCAGCAGCAGCAGCAAAAUAAUUCACAGCAAGCAAUACAGUUGCAAGUGAGCCAGGCUCAAGCCCAGGCUAUAGUGCAAGCCCAGGCUGCACUGCAACAACAAGUGGCACAGACACUGCAGCAACAACAGCAAAGUCUGCAAGAACAGUUGCAAGCAACACAACAACAACAAAUACAGGCUGCUUUGCAACGGCAAUCUGCUACCUUACAGGAGUUGCAACAGCAAGCCCAACAGCAGGCGCUCCUGUCACAGGCGACCAACAAAGGCAGGAUGCCGCGGGCGAAGCCCUACAACAAGCCGCGCGGCCGGAUGACCGCGUACGCUUUCUUCGUGCAAACGUGCCGGGAGGAGCAUAAGAAGAAACACCCAGAAGAGAAUGUUGUGUUUGCCGCCUUUUCCAAGAAGUGUGCUGAGAGGUGGAAUACAAUGUCAGAGAAGGAGAAGCAGAGGUUCCACCAGAUGGCGGAGCAGGACAAGAAGCGCUACGACCUGGAGAUGCAGAACUACGUGCCGCCUAAGGACGUGAAGGUGCGCGGCCGGAAGCGGCAGCAGCACAAGGACCCCAACGCGCCCAAGCGAUCGCUAUCGGCGUUCUUCUGGUUCUGCAACGAUGAACGUUCCAAGGUGAAGGCCAACAACCCCGAGUACACCAUGGGCGACAUAGCCAAGGAACUCGGCCGGCGCUGGGCCGCCGCCGUACCAGAGACCAAGUACAAGUACGAGUCGCUCAGCGAACAAGACAAAGCGAGAUAUGAUAGGGAGAUGACAGCCUACAAGAAAGAUCCACUAGCUCUUGUCCAACAACAGCAACAACACAAAGCGGACACAGACGAAGAGCUUGUGGAGUAUGAGGUAGAUGAACAGUACAAGUAAAAUAAUCUACUGUAUUUUGUAUUACUUGCCGGUUUGAGUAAGAAAUCUGGGCGACCUUCUGAUCGGUUGGGGUAAGCUGUGUAUUCGUUUAGCAAAUUUGGUAGACUAGUUGAGCAACUGGUUGAGCAAGUCCGAAAUAUCCGUUUUUCAUGAUAGUAUGUCAAUAAUCGGUUAAAUCAGAAGUGGGAUUAGAAUUUCUCUUCUGUUAUUAUGGGACCCUUGACUUUUAAGUAAAUAAAAUAAAGAAUUUUAACUGACUACGUGGAGUAAAAGUGUAAGUCAAAAAUGUAAUAUGUCUUUUCUUUCUAGAAGUAAAUAUAUGAACGAAUAUUGGAAUACGCCGAAUUUGUUUCGUAGGAAAAAGUUAAAAUAUAGUCACAUUUUUCGCUUCAGAUUUGUCUACCGAAUACAUAGCUUUAUUAGGUCCUCAGAUUAAGCCCAGUUUGUAAUAAUAUAGUGUAACUUUUCUGACCGAUUUGAACCAGAUCACUCUAUUUGAAAGAUAGUUUGUACCGCUGGUCUAAGAUCCAGCAUUAGAAAUAUACUCAGAGGCACAAUUAUCCGCUUACUUUAAUAUGACGCGAGUCUAUUAAAGUGAGCGGAUAAUUGUGCCUCUGAGUAUAUAUACCAUCAUUUUUAUUCAUUAGUGAUAAGAAAUAAAUGAUAGAUAAUGUUCACAGUUAAACAUUACAAAUAGAUUGCCUAGUUAAAUUGCGGUAUUUUCAUACAAAUUUUUGGAAACCAUGAACUAGAUUACUAGAUACCUAAUACAGUUAAAUUAAGCACAGAAUAAGCUUUCAAUUGAUAUAUUAGACGGCUAAAUAACUGAUGAGGGUAUAUAAAUAACAUUACAUAACUGUUUACAUCUGGCAACCCCACAGUUACAGUUGAAAGCAGGCAAGCUUUGCUUUUUCAAUUCUUUUGUGUAUAUAUGUGUUCUAUAGUGUACGAUUUUUUAUUUCUAAUGAGGAGAUUAAAUAAAUUAAAAAAAAAAACCAUUUAAUUUAAUUAGGCAACCUAUGUGCAAUGUGUCUAAUGUGAAUAUUUUCUUUCAUUUAUUUCUUAUCCCAAUUAACAGAUGAGGGUAUAUAUUUCUUAUUCUUAUGAGACCACCAUUUAGGUUAGAAGAGUUACUCAAUAUGAGUCGGGAUUGUGUUAUUCCAUUUUUUUAUGUACCGUGAUCUUGUAAAUAUGUUAGAUAUGAUGGAAAUUUUGAAAUUGCAGCGUUUCAGAAAAACAGUUUUUUCUUAUUUUUUUUUAUACAAUAGGCCGAAAAGUUGACGAAGACACGUGUUUUGUUCAUCAAAUAAAAAAGAAACAUUUUUCUUUUCUUUUGCAUAGAAAUUACCCGCAUGGUAAUCUACUAAAAAAAGUUUGGUUUGGUUUAUGUUAUUCAGUUCUGCGAUUUCAGAAUUUUCCUUGUUGAAAUAAAAAUUAACGUAGGCUGUAGUGCGUAGUAUACAUGAUUGACAUCGAUACAAUAUCAAUUGUGUUGUAUUGAUGCUCAUAAUCCAUAAUUCGAUAACAAUUAUCGUUUGAUCCAUCGCAUCUAUAGUGCGACACAAAAGAGUAGAAAAUAAGUGAGGGCGCUGUAGUCACUGUCGUUUAUAGGGUAACCCUUUGUUGUGUCAUCCACUUAGGACUGCAAGUACCUUGAUACUUGAUAAUAAUUGCCAUUUUGUUCUAUAUGUAGGUAAUUAUGUUCUUAUUUUAAAUAAGAUGACGUGUUGAAAAUAAUAUUAUCAUAUAAUAUAAAAUAUAAAUUUAUAAAUAUAUACUCAGAGGCCUAUAUAUACUCUAGGCCAGCGUGGUGGACUAUUGGGCUAAUCCUUCUCAUUCUGAGAGGAGACUCGAGCACAGCAGUGAGCCGUAUAUGGAUUGAUAACGACGAUUCAGAGGCACAAUUAUCCGCCCACUUUAAUAUGACGCGAGGCUAGAUAGAGAGUAAGUAAAUAUUUUGAAAAAUACCUACUCUCUAUCUAGCCCUGAAGUUUGCACCAUGUGUUAUGGGUACUAAGAUAGCUGAUUUCAUGAUUUACAUUUAUUAAAUUUGAAAUAAAUGCAAAUCAAUAUCAUUUAAAUGAUUUAUAUUUAUUGUAAUUUGUCUGGUAAUUAUCCGAAUUUCCAAUAUGAUUUUAAUAAUCUGAUAAAACUAUCAAUGAUAAUUGGUUGCUCUAUAAUGACAGAUCUUUGUGAUAAUGACAGUAAAUGUGGUGUUGCCACAGUGAGUUCAUUAGUUCCAUUUUUAUUGACUUCUACUCCUUUAUGUAGCACUAUAGGGUGUCAUCUCAUGCACGGUCGUGUAGUUUUUGAAUACGGGUCCACCUGCAUUAAUUUUAGUACUGACAGUGUUAAAUUCCCAUUUUUAAAAUAAUAAUAAAUAUUUUUUAAGUUUUAUAUAGGGUUAAGCAGGUGAUUCCCAAGUAUUAUCUUGAUCAUUUUAUCGUGGCCUCUUUGUGUUUUAUCGGUUGAAUUUUUUAAUAUAUAUUUAUAUUCAUUCAUUAAUACACAAUAUUCAUUCGCUUUACUGUGCUCUAUUAGUAAGAAUGGGAGGGAUGCGUAUUUAACAGAGUAAAGUCAGUGCGAAAUGAGCAUUUUGCAAAGUAGAGUGUGCGAAAUAUUGCGUAUUUUCUAGUUGAAAUGCUCACUUUGCACAGUCUUUACAAAAUGUGUAUUUGACAGAGUAAAUUCAGUGCAAAGUGCACAUUUUGCAGAAUAAAGUCUGUACUGUGUGUAACUUCUAGUCGAAAUGCUCAUUUUCCUCAGAAUUAAUUCAAAAUGUGUAUUUGUCAGAGUGAGUACAAAGUGCGCAUUUUGCAAAAUAGAGUUUGUACAAAAUGAGUAUUUUUGGGUUGAAAUUCUUAAAGUCGGUACAAAAUGUGUAUUUGGUAGAGUAGAAUCAUUACGUCUGUGCGAGAAAAAAAAGCAAUAUUAAAACUAAUAAUAAGUAGAAAAAAAAAAAACAAAAUCCUGUUUAACCUUUAUGUUAACCUUUAUGUUUAUGUGGUAAACAUAUUUUGUUUUUUAAAUUUUAAUUUUGUUUAUUGCACAAUAUUAUUAUCCGAAAAAAAAACUACUGUGUGGUGUCAUUAAUGUUAAUGUACAAAAUGGUUUGUGAAAAUUUUGGUCUUGUGCAUAAUUAAGAUCCGAAAAGCUCGAAGGUACAAUAUUUUUUAUAUCGAAAUAUAUUAGAGAUCUGAUAAUUCCUAAUGAUCUAGGAAAAGUCACUAAAACAUAAUAAUUUGAUUAAGACAACUUUUUUCCCCUAUUUUUAUGAUGUUGUUUCGUUUUAUAAAGUUACAUUUAACUUUUCUGAAUAUAGUGCAUACUUAUAUAUUUGUAUUAAUAAAUUAAUUGAUAUAUUUUUGAAGUAAUUAUUAAAUGUUAUGUUUAUAAAAUCGCCUUUUCAUAAUUAAACAUUCUUUAUUAAAUUAAAAAAAAAACAUUUAAUAUACUUUUACAGUGAUUAUUAUUAUUUAAAAAUAUGUUUAUAAAUAAUAUUAUUUCUCGAAUUUCCUUUUUUCCCUCGAGUGUGAUUUAUUAAAGGGGCUCGUUAUGUAUAUUUUGAUUAAAUAUCGCUUGAAUAUGUAUUUUAAAAUAUAUAUUAAAAAGAAAUUGAAUACUAAAGCAAGUAUUAUGUUUCUAAUAUUAACGCGUAUAAUCAGAGAAGAAUAUUAUAGAAUAGGUUGGUUAAGGUCAAAUUGAAAGGUGUUGCCUUAUAUUUUCGAUAUCAAAAUGGCAAUAGUUAGGUAUAGUCAAAAGUAAAUGUUAGUAUUUAGAAUUUUUGUAAGUAUUAAAAUGUAAGCUAGAUUCGAAAAAAAAAGGAAACUGAUGUAAACUAAAAAGAGGCACGAGUGAAUAAAAUAUUUUUAUUAUUUUCAUCAUAAAAUUGUACAUAUUUAAUUAAAAUUAGUUACCUAGAUAAAUUAUAUUUCUUUGAUUAUUCAAGAUUGUUAUGGUUAACUUUUAUUUUUAAUUCGUUUGCGAAUAUCGUUUAGAAAAUGAGCGUUUAUUUGGAAAUGAUUGUUUUACUGUAUGUAUUGAGAAUUUUAAAAAAGUUUUAAUUUUUAAUGACAAUUGGUAAGUAAUAAACAGUUGUAUAUAACGUGAAGGACUGCAAGACCGUGAUAGUACUUAAAUUAAGCGCGUAAGCCAUAUUGACACGGUUGGAGUAAGUCCGACAUUUUUCGAAAAGACGGAAAAUAUCAGCAACAGUUGGUACCCGGCAGUUGAAAUGGAACUUUAGAAUAACAUGACUCUGUCUACUUAUGUGACAUAUUGGUACAAAUUGUACCAUAUUUAAUGAUAUCAAAUAAUUUUUGAUUCACUAAAUAGUUUUUUGAUCAACAAGAGAGCAAAAUUCGUUUUCGCUGCGAGUGCCGAGUUUUUUUUUCUUAAAAGAAUAUUUGCCAUAUUUUUUAUAAUAUGACCAAUAUUCCCAUUUCCCUCCAACUAGUCGGGAAAGACUGCUAGGAGUGGGUACGACAAUAGACAAACGGGGCGGGGAUCGAACUACCACCCCUCGGUGAUGAGUCCAACCGCUCUUACCGUUGAGCUAUUGAGGCUUUCAAAUCCCGGGCAAGCGAAAGAUUGAAUCGCGAGCGUAGCAAGUGAUUCUAAUUUAGAAUCCUGAGCCUUGUGAGGGUUUCAGAAGCGCAAGAAGCGAAAUAUUUUGACCUUGUGUGACACCUAUAAUUUUUCACCUUACUAGCGAAAAAUACAAGAUGUUAUAUUACAAAAUACAAAAAAAAUAUUUAAUAAUACAUUUAUUUUUUAUUUUCUAAAAAUAAUAAGCAGUUACCAUUAGUUAUUGAGUACAGUACAACCAAAUAUACAGGGUAUCUCGUAAAUAUUACGACAUACUUUACAGAGUGAUAGCUAGAUAGCAUUAAGGCCUACUCAAAUAACGCAAUAUAUGUUAACCGAAAUUUUACGGUUUUGAAGUUAUAUUGGUUUUUGUGCAAAAAACAAAAAUCCCUACCAGUUUAUUUGUACCAGUAAUAUUAGUCCCGUUUUUUGGCAAAAAACUCACUUCGUAGAAGAAAAAACCAAAAAUUCUCUGGCUGAAACGACUAUUUAAUAAUAAUUAGCAAGCAUAAAAUCAACGCUUAAGUAAUUUUUUAGCACAUGGUACGAAUAAACUGCACUGAAGGUAGGGGAUUUUUGUAGUUUGUACAAAAAUCAAUAUAACUUAAAAACCUUCAAAUUUCGGCUAGCAUAUAUUGCGUUAUUUGAGUAGGCCUUGAUGUCAGCUAUCUCCCUGUAUAGUAUGUCGUAAUAUUUUCGGGACACCCCGUGUAUCAAGUGUUUGAAUUAUUCCUUUCGUGUCAAUUUGGCGAAGUAGACUUAUAAGUAUCCAGUGUAUAUAGUUUAGUUUGCAUACCUCUGAACACACCUUACCAUUUUAAGAAGUGUUUGAUUGUUAAAUGCGCAAUUGUAUAUGAAAGUCGAGCCAGAAGCAGUUACUUGGUACCAAUACAAAUAUAUACCCAAUAUGGUACUUGCCUGCAGUACUAAAACAAGUAGAUUUUUUGCAUAUAGACAGUUAAGAUGCCUAGAAAAAUCGAAAAUAUUUAUAUAUUUUAUACAUACAUACAUUGUUUUUUUUAUAAUAACAGUAAUAGAUGAUUUCGGUUACACGAAAAAAAAUGGUCGGUGAAAUAAACACAAAACAAAAAAUUGUGUAUGCGUGCGCUCGGUGGAGUAGCUAAAUUCGGAUCACUUUUCGGCUGUAUGUAUUUUUUUUUUUUUUUUUUUAUGUAUGUCCAGCGAUAAUUCCGUCAUUUGUGGACCGAUUUUGAAAAUUCUUUUUUUGUUGUGAAGGGUUUGAUUCCAGGGUGGUCCCAUUUUUUUAAUGUCAGGAUCUGAUGAUGGCAUCCUGGAGAAAUCGAGGGGAACUUUUGAAACUCGUAGAGACGGCUAGUGCGUUUGUUAGUGUUUCCAUGAGGUAUUUUAAACCACUACAAUUUUAUGAAGGUCUAGAGUUGGUCUCAACAAAUCGAAAACAAAAUUAAUGGUUGUUGAUCGCGCCAAUAAAUUACAACUCACUGGCUCUUUGAAUCUUGAAAUAGUUCAAAAUUUCAUAUAUCUGGGUUCCAAUAUAACAAACACAGGAUCAUGUGAGAUGGAAAUUCGCAGGAGAAUUGGGAUGGCCAAAAGUGCCAUGUCUCAACUGCAUAAAAUUUGGAAAGACAGGAACAUCUCCUUAAACACAAAAAUGCGUCUUGUCCGGACUCUAAUCUUUCCAAUAUUCACAUAUGCAGCUGAGACAUGGACUAUCAAAUCAGCUGAUCGGCAUCGCAUAGAUGCCUUUGAGAUGUGGUGCUGGCGAAGAAUGCUCCGUGUUCCGUGGACAGCGCAUAGGACCAAUGCAUCGGUGUUGUAACAACUCAACAUCUCGAAAAGACUUUCCACCACCUGUCUUCAGAGGAUCCUCGAGUACUUCGGUCACAUUGCCAGGAGAGAAGGAGAUAACCUAGAGAAACUUGUUAUCACUGGCAAAGUGGAAGGAAAGAGACCUCGGGGACGUAGCCCGAUGCGUUGGUCAGAUCAAAUCCGCACCACUCUCGAUACAAAAGUACACGAUGCUCUACAAGUCGCGAAAAGCCGAGCCGCAUGGCGUGACAUCGUGCGGAAAAAAGUUAUGAAUGUGUGAUAGGGGUCACGACCCUCAGUAAUGAGGAACACGACGCGGAGAGAGAGAGAGUUGGUCUGAUGAUGGAGCCGAUACACAGACGAUGGAACUCGUCAACGAUUUACAGCAGGUACCUUUUGUUUGGGCUUAAUUUAUUUGUAUUGAUGAGAACUUUCCACCUAGAUGGGUUGUGACUGUAUUAAGGGUCUGAUGAUGAAGACGAAGGACAGUGAAGAGAACUCCUCGACGGUUCACAGUAGCUACCUUGUGUUUGGACUUGAUAAAUUUGUAUUGAUGAGAACUUUCCACCUAGAUGGGUUGUGACUGUAUUAGGGGUCUGGUGAAGAAAACGAAGGAUAGUUAAGGGAACUCCUCGACGGUUCACAGUAGCUACCUUGUGUUUUGACUUGAUAAUUUUGUAUUGAUGAGAACUUUCCACCUGGAUAGGUUAUGACUGUAUUAGAGGUCUGGUGAUGAAGAUGAAGGAGAGUUAAGGGAACUCCUCGCCGGUUCACAGUAGCUACCUUGUGUUUGGACUUGAUAAAUUUUAUAUUGAUGAGAACUUUCCACCCAUAUGGAUUGUGACUGCAUAGGGGGUCUGGUGAUGAAGACGGAGGACAGUCAGUGCACACUCAGUAGGUGUGGUAACACUAAAAAUUAAAAAAUAAAAAUUUUAAUAAAAAAAAUUCAACCGACUUCCAACUCAAAAAUUAACCUAAACUAAAAAGCAAAAAAUAACAUCUUACCUAUGCGCUACCUUCUGAUCAGUUUGAAGGCGGUGCCAAUCCAGUGUCAUGUUUUAAUUAAAGCUGUUUCUGAAAGAACCACAGAAAUUGUGUAAUUUAAACGGCUUGAAUUAAAACAUCACUGGCUUGGCACCGCCUUCAAACUGAUCAGAAGGUAGCACAUAGGUAAGAUGUUAUUUUUUGCUUUUUAGUUUAGGUUAAUUUUUGAGUUGGAAGUCGGUUGAAUUUUUUUUAUUAAAAUUUUGAUAUUAAUACUCUCGUGAGAUUUAUUAUCACCAAUCGAUUUUCGAUUUUAUUUCAAGGCAUUAGCAAUAAUAGUUUGACAGACAAGUACCACAGACUGCAUCAUCACUCAACUUUCAAGCCGCAAUCUUUUUGUUGAAUGGCAAAUACCAGUGCUGUUAGCGUAAAAAAAAAUUCGCAGCUUUGCGACUCGAUUCGUAAUGUGCUAUAUUUAUUGUUUAAUUCGAUAUAUCUGAAGGGAGUGAACGAGUAACGAACAUCGUUGACUUACUCAAUAUCUCGUCUAAUAUAUAUUAAUUAACAUCGAUGUUUGGUCGAUGAAUAUGUGAGAUCGAUUUCAAAUUUCCUAUCGAUUGUUUUAAUCAUGUAAUUGUUUUCGAUUGUGUUUUAAAAAAGCCUUUGUUAUGUAAUAAGACUGCAUUCAAGGUAUUCUCAAAAAUAAAAAAAAAAGAUUAUAAUA